AUGUUUUUAUUCAAAGUCAAUUCAUCAUAUCCUGAAGUCUUAACCAAACGAACAUUACUUUCAAUAAUCGCAAAGACCUUUGACCCUCUUGGAUGGUUGGCACCGAUCACGGUUCGGUAUAAAUUGAUUAUGCAAAGAUUGUGGAAACAUCAGUUUCAGUGGGAUGAAAAGGUUCCUCCAGAUAUUGAAUGUGAGUGGAAACAACUUACAGAAGAUUUGUUAUUUAUUAAAAGUAUCAAAAUUUCACGAUUCUUGUUGGUUGAAUCAGAUAACCAGUUUCAACUGCACGGGUUUUGUGACGCCUCAGAGAAGGCCUACGCCGCUGCAAUUUAUUAUCGUUCUGUGUUAGAUACUGGACAAAUUAAUGUUCAGUUAGUGAUAGCCAAAACAAGAGUUGCACCACUAAAAACCAUAUCACUUCCCCGAUUGGAACUUUGUGGAGCAUUACUGUUGACUAAAUUAAUGGAUUUCACCUGUAGGGCUUUAAAUACUCCUAUAUCGCAAGUUUAUUUUCAUACUGAUUCCACUAUUGUAUUAGCCUGGAUAAGAUCUCAUGCAAGCCGAUGGAAGACCUUCGUCGCCAACAGAGUAGCAAAAAUCCAGACUUUAUCCUCUCCUGUCCAGUGGCAUCAUGUGAGUGGAAAUGCUAAUCCUGCUGAUCUUGCAACCCGUGGUGUGUCAUCAUCUGCACUGGUUACUUCAUUGUGGUUACGUGGUCCAGAUUUAUUGUAUAAUUUAUUUCCUUUCAGCAAGCAUUAUCUGCACCACUACUGA